AUGGGAACUCAUCGGUCCCGAGGCGGCAGCGACAGCAGUCUUCUGCUCAUCCCAGAGGUUGUUACAGGGCGGCAGAAGGGGGAUAAUGACGAUGACUCGCUGGAUGGAUUGGACAGACAGGAGGACAUUGCCCAGUUCCUUUAUGUAGAGUUUACUGGCAGGGACAGUAUUACCUGCCCAACGUGCCAAGGCACUGGCCGCAUCCCCUCAGGUGAGACAUUUGCUGUCUGGAUGCCUGUCGGGCUGGGCAUUGAUUGCUGUACUACAGUGGUCACCAACCGGUCGAUCUCCAAAGCAUUCCUAGUCGAUCACCAAAAAUGUCUGAAAAACCCCCAAAGAAAAAGCCUUGCAUUCCUAUUUUUUUACAUUUGUUUUGCGCUGAUUCAACAGCCCUAGCGCCUGGAAGGCAAAGUGUUCCAUAUUGAACCAUUUCAUGUGUCUGUAGGUAGAACUCCGUCUACCCGGCAGGUCCAGAGAGCAAAUCAAGUGCACCUAUAGGCCUACCGCUGGCCAAUCAUAUAGCUCAGAUCACCAUGUCUGCACAGUUUCCUCGAGCCAUAGACUGUAAAAAGAAGCCUUGAAUGCACAGCGAAGUUAAUACUGUGAGAUUUCAAAACGUUUAAAACCAUAACUAGAGAGAGACUCAACGAGUUCAGAAAAGAGCUGCUAAUUUUAUGAGUAAGUUCGUGUUUAAGUUGUUAUUCAGCACUGUCAACACUUUUAUAAGCCAUAAAAUGUGUGUUCUCCCUACUUCCACUCACGCUACAACCAGCACUGCAGCUGCAAUGAAUGACUAUAGCAAAGUGUUCCGAUAAGCGGUUUAUGUCUUUUUAAUAUCAAGGAGUAUUUUACUUUCUCUGGUCAUAGGAGUAACAACAUGAAUUGGUGCAUGAGGCAGAAAUAAUGCAGUGCGACUUGAGUUUCACCAUCAGCUGGAAGACUGUGUCCCCUUUUCUCAGCGGAGGGAUGGUGAGUCGGGUGAGAGGCAGCCUCACCGCUGCUCCCUCCCUCCCCUCAGACUGACCAUCAGAUGCAGCCCAUCAGUCCAGUAAAAAACAAAUAUAUAUACAGUACCAGUCAAACGUUUGGACACACCUACUCAUUCAAGGGUUUUUCUUUAUUUUUACUGUUUUCUACAUUGUAGAAGAAUAGUGAAGACAUCAAAACUAUGAAAUAACACAUAUGGAAUCAUGUAGUAACCAAAAAAGUGUUAAACAAAUCAAAAUAUAUUUUAGAUUCUUCAAAGUAGCCACCAUUUGCCUUGAUGACAGCUUUGAACACUCUUGGCAGUCUCUCAACCAGCUUCACUUGGAAUGCUUUUCCAACAGUCUUGAAGGAGUUCCCACAUAUGCUGAGCACCUGUUGGCUACUUUCCCUUCACUCUGCGGUCCAACUCAUCCCAAACCAUCUCAAUUGGGUUGAGGUCGGGUGAUUGUGGAGGCAAAGGUCAUCUGAUGCAGCACUCCAUCACUCUCCUUCUUGGUCAAAUAGCACUUACACUGCCUGGAGGUGUGUUGGGUCAUUGUCCUGUUGAAAAACAAAUGAUAGUCCCACUAAGCACAAACCAGAUGUGAUGGCGUAUCGCUGCAGAAUGCUGUGGUAGUGAUGCUGGUUAAGUGUGCCUUGUAUUCUAUAUAAAUCACCAACAGUGUCACCAGCAAAGCACCCCCAAACAUAUGACUGGUACUGUACAUGCCCAUCAGUCCAGUAUGAUCACUCAGCUGUGGCUCACAAGUUCUACAACAAAUUAUCUAUUACCGGUGUGAUUGCUUAUUUACCUACAUUUUUUAAAUGUAAUUUCAAAAGGGUCUGAGAAGAACAACAUUGGCAGAGCAAUUCAAGCAUAGCCAAUAGCCAAUAAUGUAUUAGGCUUGUAGCCUACUGCACAAACCUCAUUGCUACAGAACUGUUGUUAAUUGGUUAAUGUUGCAUACGUUUUUUAAGUCAUGUUUUUAACAAAUCUGACCGGUAGCUCUCGGCUUGCAUUUUGACUCAAAGUGAUCUUGACUCAGAAAAGGUUGAUGACCACUGCUGUACUACAUAUCGGAUGUGGUAUUAUGGUGUGUUGUGUUGAGGUCAAAACAUUGUGUUCUCCCAUUUGACUUAUCUCUCUCCUGUGGUCAUUGUCCUUCAGAGCAGGCAAAUGAGCUGGUGGCUCUGGUUCCCUACAAUGACCAGAGGCUCCGGCCCCAGAGAACGUAAGUUGUCCGUCCUGCAGCUACUCUACUGCUAUGCCUUUUUCUGACCAGUUUAUAACUGGAUCGGUCACAUAUCUAUCACAUUCUGUAAUUUUACGUUGCUACACAGUUUGUAUUCUGGGCAACUGUGAUUGUAAAAGUAAACAGGAAGUGCUAUGUUUGACAGGGAACUGAAUGUGGUCCUCUCGGCGGUGCUGUGUCUCCUGGCCUCCUCAUUGGUGGUCUUCUUCCUCUUUCCCUGCUCUGUGGUGGUGGAGGACGAUGGGAUUACGCUCCAUCACUGUGCAGUUUGACCACGUCAACACUAAGGUCCUCAUGAAUAUGACAGUAGGUCAAUAAAUCGUGUUAAGACACACUCUGUUAGUUGGACUUGAGAUGGUCAUUUGACUCAAACUGUGCCUGUUGCUUAUGGUGUGUUCUGCUGACUGUUCAUUUUCCCUGGUUGUGUUUGUCAGAGCUCCUUGAACUUCAGCAACUCCAACUUCUUCACGGUGAUGGUGGACAGUCUGCGCUGCCAGGUUCUCUAUAUGAAAACAGUUAUAGGCACCAUGCAGCUAGACAAUGUAGUCACCAUCCAGCCCCUGAGCCAGAGACCGGUAGGUGUACUGUACUGUACCAGGGGCCUGCUGUUGUCUCAGAUGCAGUGAACCAUCUCUGGAGUUAACACUUCGGGCACAUUCACUCCACGUUACAUUUAGUUGAAUGAUUGACAUGCAUACGUUUCUUGCUUUAACUCUACCCCUUGUUUGCAUUUUCUGCCUAAACUUGAGUUGACUGUUGGUCUUUAAAAAAAAAAUGUUUUACUACAGGUGAACUUCAUAAUUAGCGUUGAGAUCAGUGGAAGCGCCUCCUAUGUUUAGUAAGUUAAAUACACCUGUAAAGGCCUGUCUUUUUUUACAGUUCCAAGUCCUGUAAUUGUUAAUAUAGAUUUCUAUAUGUGAUUGUGAAGAGGUCCUAACCACCUUUUUCACCCUUCAGUGCUUUCUGCACCAUGGCAAGCAUCAAGGUUCACAAUAUUGUGGUUUUCAUGCAGUAAGUAUAUCCUACCUCCUUAUUGUGAAACCACAUCACUUCCAUCUCUACUUCUUGCAAUUAUGUCUUCAUGCAUUUACCCUCUCUGAUAUUGACUUAUUUUCGAUACAAUUGUUAAUCAGAAUUAUGUUCUUUGUUCCCAGGACAUCUGUGAAAACCUCCUACAUGGUGCGCACGACCCAGAAUACCCUGGAAGCCUAUCGCUACAUUGACUGUGGUUCCAACUCCACGGUUCACCAGCCCCAUGCCGACCGUGGCAGUAACUCUCCCUCCCCCACCCACUACAGUCACCACCAACCACAGUGGUGA